CUCUAACAACACUGUGACAAAACAUAGCGCCUCGACCUUUUCGAUAAUGUCUCCAACUCUCCUCCCAAAUGGAACAUCUGCGUCGAAAACGGUCGAUCAGCUCUCCUCCCACCUUCGGGAGAUUCUCUCCUCCGUCAAUAAAACUCACCUUGAACCCCCGUUGGUUGAAUCCGAUUUCGACCCUGAGAUAUUAGCCCGUAUAAGAUUGCUACGGUCUUCUCCGGAUGAAUUAUACCGGAAUUCUCUGGAUACUGCAUUUAAAGGGGCGCUGUAUGAUCUUUUGACCAAUAACGGCGCUAUCGAUACCACAACCCUUCCCGUCUUCUGCAACUUCUUAGAUCUUUCGUUAGUUUUAGCUGAGCUAGAAAUAUCUGGCGCAGGUUUACCGCUUGAUCUUAUUGAAGAGCUCUUUGACUCACAAACUAUACCAUCAUGCGAGUGCCUCUUCCAAUAUUUGGAGUCGCGUAUCGAUAGGGUUACUGCAGGAGUUGAAGGUGGGAAGGGGAAAGCCCUCAUAUUGUUGCGGCUGUGCAACGAGCUUCUCAAGAGACUAUCGAAAACAGAGGACACAAUUUUUUGUGGCCGCAUCUUGAUCUUCCUCAGCAAGAGCUUCCCAAUUGGCGAACGUUCCGGAGUUAACUUGAGAGGCGAUUUUAAUGUGGAUAAUGUCACGGUUUACGACGAUAUUCUCCAAGAGCCGCCGACCGUGGUAGAUGGAAUGGAACUCGAUAUCAAGAAAGAGGAGAUGGAAGUUGAUCAGAAGAAAGAGGGGGGCUCGACUGGGGCAGGGGAAGCAGACAUUGGCAGCGCCCGUAGCCCCAAGAGGCUAAAGGUGGAAGCCGGGCAAGAUACGUCCCAAAAAGAGCCCACAGUUCUCGAUGCCAAUACUCUGUACCCUAUAUUUUGGUCACUUCAACACGAUUUCGCUGACCCUCAGCGAUUAUUCGUUAAAGACAAUCUUGAAAAAUUCAAGGUGGGCCUUGGGGCUACCAUGGCAAAAUUCAAAAAGGCCGAGGAUGAUUCAAUCAAGACCACUGGAAAAGUUGAUGUAGCAAAUGGGCCCAAAAAGGCGGAUGAGAAGAAGCCUGGUGUUUCUCUUGGGGAGAAGAGGAAGCAAAUUGAUGGUGAUGACGACGAUAUCAAGGGUGAAGGGUUUAAUCCGAAAUAUCUGACGAGUCGCGAGUUGUUCGAAUUAGAGAUCAGCGACUUGACUUUUAGGCGGCAUGUGCUUGUACAGGCCUUGAUUCUGAUCGAUUUUUUGUUAAGCCUGACGCCACAGGCGAAGGGAAAGUGGAAGGACCUCAAAACACCAAACAGAUCCGUUCAAUAUGCGUUCACAUUGGGCCUAGAAGAUGAGAAAUGGGCAGCCACAACAAAGGAGCAAAUACUCAGGAGUCUCGAACCUGAUGUGCAAGGGAGACUGUUCACACGAACUAUUAAAACAGUUCUGAUUAGAGAACAAAAUUGGGUUCGGUGGAAAGCAGAGAGUUGCCACCCAUUUGAUAUGCCCCCCUUGGGCGAUGCAGACAUUGAGGAUGCCAAGCAAAAAGCAGUAAAGGCUUGUGAGAUUCCUGAAUCCUACAAAUAUACCAUGGGGACACCAACCUUGAAUUUGUUGUGGCAAGCUACGGGCGACCUAACAGGGCUCGAGGGUCUUACAGAUCCGACGAGGCACAACCUCCCGUCUCCCGAGUCAUUUAGACAGCCCGUGAAGGACGCGGAGCUGGAAUUGUUGGACGCGAUGUUUCCGGAUGACAUCGAACUGGCGCAGACCAAAAAGUUCACCAACACCUGGAAAGCCCUUCGCCUCGCAUCCCGUGACCGCUUCCAUCUUUUCAACAAGUUUGACGACAAGUUCGACGAAAAGAGGAACGAUCUGGAGAUGCUUUUCGAAGUUGAAGAAAAGGCAAAGGAGGAGGUUAGAGCCAGGGUGAACCAACAAGCACCUGCUACCGCUACUCCAACAAAACCCCAGGAAAAAUCUCUCGAAGCCAACGACAACAAUUCGCUCGCGGCUACUGAUAUCGAUUCUACCCCCCCAGCCUCCGUGCCCGCGCAAAUCCCAACACCGAUACCGACCGCGCCUAUCACGAACACCUAACAUUAGCCCUACUUGCCUACUCCGUCAAACAUUGUUUUGGAGAACUGGAAUCGGGAAACUCGUGUCAUACACCUGUAACGAAUAGGGGAAAGAAAAGGAAAAGAAGCACAGCGCAGCGAGCUUAAUCCCCCAUUUAUCUAUCUAUCUAUCCAUCCAUCCAUCCGUCUGUCUGUCUGUCUAUCUAUCUAUCUAUAUUAUAAUAAGCCAAUAAUUGGCAAUGAACUUCCCUGGUAUGAUACUGUGAAUUUUCUUUUUUCUUUUUUAUCUUUCCUUCUCUACUCUACUCCCUUCAUUCAAAUUUGAUAGACAGCAACGAGGCACAAAGUGUGGGAAUAAUAAUGAGCACAAAUCCUUCCUUCUUCA